AUGCUCCCUCUGCAGGGGUAUCUUCUUACCUUCCUCCUCCUAUGUCUUCAAGUACCUAGCUGGGCAAACCAUCCCAAAAUUAAGCUGCGCUUGGUGGGGCCCAGGAGUCAAGCAGGUGAAGGGCGGCUGGAGGUGCUGUACAAAGGACAGUGGGGCACAGUGUGUGAUGAUGACUUCAACAUCCAUGUGGCAAAUGUGGCCUGCAGAGAGCUGGGCUAUGAUCAGGCCAUAAACUGGGCUCACAGCGCCAAAUAUGGCUCAGGAGAUGGUCCCAUCUGGCUGGACAACAUGCGCUGCUCAGGUACUGAAAGCUCCCUGGUUGAAUGUGCCUCCAAUGGUUGGGGAGUAACUGAUUGUAACCACAAUGAAGAUAGUGGUGUGGUGUGCACAGGGCCCCGUCGACUCAAUUCUGCUGCUUCACAUAUCCAGCUGCAGGGAUCAAAGGUAGAAGAGGUACGGAUCAAGCCGAUACUGGCCCGGGCCAAAUUAAGUUCCCCGGUCACAGAAGGUGCGGUAGAAGUGAAGCUCCAGGGGCGCUGGCGUCAGGUGUGCGAUGCUGGCUGGACUCGAAACAAUACUCGUGUCCUGUGUGGGAUGCUGGGAUUCCCCUAUGAUGGACAGGUGGCCACAGGAUUCUACAGGAAACUCUGGAAUCAGAAACUAAAGGAUCCAAGGUCCAGCCUAAAAAGCCUGAGCAAGAAGAAUACCUUUUGGAUCCAUCAAAUUAAAUGCCUGGGCACUGAGGUUCACUUGGGUGAAUGCAAACUACACGAGCUUCCAAAAGCUCAGAAUCAAAGUGCCUGCCCACGUGGUAUGCAUGCCUUGGUCAGCUGUAUAGCCGGUCCUGAAUUCCAGCCCAAGAAAGCCAAGCUAACCAGCCAUAGCAAGCCUAAGCAGGAACCCCAGGUGCGUCUCCGUGCAGGUGCACACAUAGGUGAAGGGCGUGUGGAAGUGCUAAUUGGUAACCAGUGGGGCACUGUGUGUGAUGAAGGCUGGAAUCUACCUGCUGCCAGUGUGGUGUGUCGGCAGUUAGGUUACGGCACUGCACGAGAAGCUCUUUCAGGAGCACAGUUGGGCCAAGGACUAGGUCCCAUCCAUUUAACAAGAGUGCGGUGCAGGGGACAUGAACGAUCCCUGAUGGACUGCAGGUCCCAAAAAGCAGCUCAGACAGGAUGCCAGCAUGACAAUGAUGUUGCCGUCCGCUGUAAUGUGCCCCAAACUGAUGUCCGACGUCAAAUCCGUCUGGCUGGUGGGCGCACUUCAGAAGAAGGCAUUGUAGAAAUACUGGUGCCCAAAGGAAGUGCCUUCCGCUGGGGUGCUGUGUGUGGGGAACACUGGGGACUCAAGGAGGCCAUGGUUGUUUGUCGACAGAUGGGGCUGGGCUUUGCAAGCCAUGCUCUCCAGGAAACAUGGUACUGGCAGGGGAAUACAGAUGCGUCUGAGGUGGUGUUGAGUGGUGUGCGCUGUAAAGGUACAGAACUGUCUAUCCUUCAAUGUGAGCACCAUGGACCCGUGCAUUGCCCAAAUGGAGGAGGCCGUUUUGUUGCAGGAGUCACCUGCGCCCAGAAUGCUCCAGAUCUCGUAAUGAAUGCCCAGCUGGUAGAGGAGACAGCUUAUCUUGAGGACCGCCCAUUGAACAUGCUGUAUUGUGCCCAUGAGGAAGGCUGCCUUUCUGCCUCUGCUGACCGUAUGAACUGGCCAGAGGGGUAUCGACGUCUGCUGCGCUUCUCCUCUCAGAUCCACAACCUGGGCCGGGCUGACUUCCUUCCCAAAAUUGGCCGUCAUGCAUGGAUAUGGCAUGAAUGCCACAGACAUUUCCACAGCAUUGAAGUUUUCACACACUAUGACUUACUGACACUCAAUGGAUCCAAAGUGGCUGAGGGACACAAGGCCAGUUUCUGUCUGGAGGACACCAACUGCCCAGAAGGAAUGCAGCGGCGUUUUGCCUGUGCUAAUUUUGGAGAGCAGGGUGUCAGUGUAGGCUGCUGGGACACAUACAGACAUGAUAUUGACUGCCAGUGGAUAGAUAUCACUGAUGUGCCCCCUGGAAGUUACAUAUUCCAGGUUAUAGUGAACCCUAAGCACGAGGUAGCAGAGUCCGACUUUUCCAACAAUGCCCUUCGCUGUCAGUGCCAGUAUGAGGGACAUCGCAUUUGGCUGCAUGGAUGCCACACAGGUGAUGAGUAUGGGGCCAGGAUAGAGUGGGAUGAGGAAGCACAACGGAGACUGAGCAGCAACUUUGUCUAA